AUGUAAUUAGUAAGUAAUUAGUAAUUAGUAGAUUAUUCGAAAGUAAAGGGAGAAUGCCGCUUUUCAUUUCUCAUUGUAUGAAAUUUCCCGGAAAAGGCAUGGGCUCCAACUCCUUUAGGAAAAAGUGUUCCAUCCCCCAUGCGCAAGGCUCGGGAAGGAAGACUAAACCAAGCUUGAAGAGGAAAUUAAUAUGCCUUAAACUGGAUGUGGGGGGGCAAGUACUCAGUGCUACUAAGAGUCAGAAUGAAAUUGACUCCAAAAUCCAGACCUUCAUUCAGCAAUCGACCAACGCCCGUGAGUCCGUGGCAGUGUGCGAGAAAAUAGAGAACGCCGAGGCUGAAGGAAAGGAUCAGAUUCCGAGGCUCCAGGAGCAGUUGGCCGCCGUAGAGAAGAGGCGGAGUGAUCUUACUCGGGAUUAUGAUUCUUUGAUGGCCGAGUUAGAGCCACUCCACGCCAAACUUAAGAGUCUGAAAGAUUCCAACUUGGAGGAGCAGAAGGCCAGGGUUGAAGAGUCUGAACAGGCUGCAAUCAGAGCCUGGGAGGAAUCUUCUGGAAGGUUUGUUUGAGCUUGAUUAGGCCCGUUUUCACGGCCUUGAGCAUUGAAAAAUUGGAUGGAUUGUAAAUAUUUUGGCCUGCUAUGAUGCGGCCUGGUUUUUUUUAUUUUUGUUUGGCCUUUACUAAAGCCAUGUGGACGUA